AUGUCUAUCGUGGCCUUGGCAGGACAGGGCAAUUCGAGCGUAGCACUUGAGAUCUUACACGAUGUUGCAGCCAAGAACAAUGUUAAGAUCACGUCGCCAACUGAGCAAGAAGCUUACCUAGCUGUCCUCCAAGCUGCCGACGCAACCGCCAAGCUCGUCAACGACCUACCGGAAUACAUUGAUCCACGACUAGCUCCUGUGCCCACUGUCGGAGGCCCGCGCCAGUUCCAAAAGCCAGAUCCCGCCAACAACAGUCUUAACGCCUGGAGCAACCAUGCUGAACUGCGCGCGGAGAAGCCACUCUCGAAUCUCCUGGAAGGCAAGACCAUUGCCAUUAAGGACAAUAUGUCUGUCGGGGGGCUCCCGUAUACGUGCGGUAUGUUCCCGGACACGCACAAGGACGGGAAGUAUCCGAUCUCACCAAUCGAUGCCGUCGUGGUCCAGAGAGUGCUGGAGGCCGGCGGCACCAUCGUUGGCAUCACGACCUGUGAAAACUACUCGUUGACUCCGAUGUCGUACACUUCUGCCAACGGACCAGUGCAAAAUCCUUGGUUGAAGAACCACACCACGGGCGGCAGCACCAGUGGCGGAGCGUGCUUGCUAGCCGUCCGGCAGGCCAGAGCAAAUGGUGUCCCUGGGUUAGAGAAUGCUGGUCUGGACAUUGACAUCCAGAUCGGAGGGGACCAGGCAGGCAGUAUUAGAAUGCCAGCGGGAUUGUCUGGUGUGUAUGGACUGAAACCAACUCAUGGAUUGGUGCCAUACACCGGCAUUGCUGGACUGCACCCCAUGAUCGACCACGCGGGCCCAAUGGCGCAUAGUGUGGACGACUGUGCACUCAUGCUCACGGUCCUUGCUGGGUACGAUGGUCUUGAUCCGCGAAUGACGCCCGAAAGCCCGCUCCGAUCAAAUGUGACGCAGUAUCACGAACAGCUGGCGGCGUUUGCCAAAAUUAGCCCGCAGCCAGGCAAAGGGCUCAAAGUUGGCAUCAUCUCGGAAUCAUUGACGUCGCCCGGAACGUCUCCCGAGGUAGCCAGUGUGGUCGAGAUGGCUGCCAUGAAGCAUUUCGCCGCAGCUGGUGCCGAAGUGUCUCGAGUGGACGUGCCGAUGCAUUUAUUAGGCCCAGCGAUCUGGACCGCAGCGACUCGGAAUCACAUGGCCAGCUUGGCCGCAGCGGGCCGCAUCCCGGACAUAUUGUCUCACAACUUGCCUCACUUCCAGCCAAAGUGGCCCCUGGACCAGGAGAUGUUCGAGCUUCUGAGCCAUCACAACCCGGCCGUCAUCAACAUCAUUCUCUCGCAGACAUUUCUGAAUGAGAAAUAUGGGCCGGAGGUGCAAGCAAAGGCUCACCGCCAUGUAUUCCAGCUGAGGGCGGCAUACGACAAGGCAUUGGAGGAACAUGAUGUGCUCAUCACACCGACCACACAAACUGUGGCACCCCCACAUCCAGACAUGCGUCGAGAAGCGGAGGGUGGCAGUAGCAUCAUGGAUAAGAUGAUGUUGGCCGUGGGAUCUACCAACAAUACGUGCCCGUUCAAUGUUAGUGGGCACCCCGGUCUGAAUGUCCCAUGUGGCUGGGCGAAGAGCAGGGAUGGAACAGGGGUACUUCCUGUAGGCAUGCAGAUUGUCGGGAAGCGCUGGGACGACCUUACGGUACUGAAGGCGGCUAAGGCAUUCGAGCUUGGUGGGGGAGGUCUACCAAAAUGGCCCGGUGCUUCUUCAGGACUAUAG